UAAUUGACCACAAACCGCCAGAUUGACUUACCAGACGCUUAUGGUGACGAGCUACCAUGGCUGCUAGAUCCUUUGAAAGGCGGACCCUCGAGGAAACUUCAACCCCAGCAGAAUCCAAAAGAUUCACUCCGAAGCAUGAAUUUGAGGGACAUGAGGACGUUAUAUGGAGUUUCGUCUUCUUGCACGACAACGCCCACAUCGUGAGUGGUUCGUUUGACGGCACGAUGUGCAAGUGGAACUGCGACAUAGGAUGUCUUGUCGGAGAACCAUGGGAAGAGAAAGGUGGAAGGAUAUAUUCACUGGCGCUUUCACCGGACGGGAAGACGAUGCGUGCGGGAGGGCGGAUGGAAGUGUUCAGCGAUGGAACACUGAAGGAGAGAUGAUGGAAGGACGUUGGAAGGGUCAUAGCAAGGCGGUGUGGUCGCUCUCAUGGUCUCCCGGCGGAGGCCAUUUAGCCAGCGGGUCCAGCGAUGGAACAAUCCUCAUCCGAAAAGUAGAAACCGGAAAAGUCGAAGUGGGUCCAAUCAAGACGAAGCAAAAGGGGUGCUUACACUUGCAUAUUCACCUUCAGGAGAUAGAAUUGCAUCAGGCGGGUGGAACAAACAAUUUGCAUCUGGGACCGAAGACCGGCAAGCUUGUCGUCGGCCCCAUCAAAGGCCUGGGUAUUUCUGUGACGUCAUUGGUGUGGUCUUUGGACAGCAGCAAAAUCUAUUCCACUUGCGACGAAUUCGCACGUGUUUUCGACAGCACCUCAGGCGAACUACUCCAUCGCUUCGAGCAUGGCAGAUCCUUAUGGUCUAUCGCACUUUCACCCAAAAACAAUGUCCUUGCAUGUGUGGGCUUUGGUGGUGUCACACAGUUAUGGGACACAGAGUCACAUCAACCACUCGGUCAGCCAUUUCAGCAGGAGCGCCAAGACCUUUACUAUGUGUCGUUCUCUCGAGAUGGAACAUACCUGGCAUAUGGUGGAGGGAGGAAAAUCACUCUAUGGAUGGUCAAAGACAUAGCUCCUGAGCUUGCAGUGCCCACACUUCAACAGGAUCACAGUCAAGGCACACAGCAGGACACUCGACUUGAACCCCCAUCAUCCUCUUGCCUUGACGCUGAUGCUACAGGGGGUGAUGGUAUCAUCGAGGACGCGCACGAUGAUCCAUACAACAACUUUUUUGAGUCUCCCGAACCAUCUCUUCCUUUGGCAUUAUCUGGCCCCCGUCUCCACCGCCUAUUCUCAGGUCGCCACUUCCGGAACCUCAUCUCUCGACAUCGCCCUCCAGCAAACGAGUUCACUCCAGAACAGUGCAACAAGCGCAGUUUCUUUGCACGUCGUCUUCACCAAAACCCGCUUGUGCAUCCCACGCCCAACCAACCGAUACCUGGAGGGAAGGCUCGAGCAGGAGAAGAUCACGAGGAAAGCGACCAGUGUUCCGCGAAUGCUGUGCUCGACGCAAGCAAAGCAAACAAAGACGAAGAUGAUGAACCUUCCAUUGAUGCGCACACCCCACCACCCGAUGAUCCCACUUCCCCCGCCGAGCUCGACAGCGAAGACAAUCGCAUUAUCUGGAAAUGGCUGACACUCGGUCGAGGGAAUAAUCAAACGUCUGCCACAAUGGCUCCAACGAGGAGAUACGAACGCUCUCCCGAGGUCGUCGAUAUAUAUGCUGCGCGCGGGUUCCAGAGAUACGUUGCGAUGAAGCGGGUCCGCAAGACAAAGGCAUCAGCAGCUACGAGCGGUGCUACUCCCGCCGCAGAACACGCCAGUACCUCAUCACAAGCCGGUCCAUCAUCGCAAGUAGUCUUUGCCACUGCAACACACGCGAGUAGCUCUUCACAGGCGGGUCCAUCGUCGCAAGUUGUCUCUGUACAGGCAAUAUCGUCAUCGCAAGGUAUAGCUGUACACGGAGCGCAGCAUUCGCAAGGCACUGCAGGUUCAUCGUCACACGGUUCCCCAUCGCGCUUCGUCACGUAUCACACCGAGCAUGGCUCAGAUUCGGACUCGAGCAUAGAAGGCAGCUGCAACAGAUUCCUAGACAGAAUAUGUUUCCCUCGCGGACACUACCACGAUGAUUAGGGCGGUAUCGACUGGAUUUCAAUGUACGCUUUGGUUGUACGUUCCUUCGUAGAGGUGCUUUUACUUCCGCUCGCAACUCAUGAUACUGCAU